UUCCGUCUUUUUCGUAAAUGUCAAUGGUAGAUUAAUGUGAAGUAAUAUUUUUUUAUAGCAGAAAUUCUCGAUAAUAUACCGGUAUUUACGUUCAGAACCAGAUAAUUUUCCUCUUUGAAGAACCAUAAUCGGUUCCCAUCAUGAUGAACCAACCAAAGGGCGAAACAAUCUCCUUUGUUCUUAGGUUAACCGUCGUUUCUCUAGCCACCUUUUGGAGCGUAAAAUGGCUCAUGAACCAUUUGGAUCCCACGAACAAGAGCAAGAAAAAAGCCAAGGAAGCUGCAGUAAACCAACUAAAAAGAAUGGAUUUCGCAAAAAAUAAGAUAGCUGUCGAAAACUUGAGUGAUUACGAAUUGAUGAUAGCUGCCCAUAUUGUAAACCCUAAAGACAUUGAUAUAACUUGGGAUGAUAUUGCUGGACUGGAAGACCUUAUACAAGAACUGAGAGAAACUGUAAUCCUACCGAUUCAGCAUAAAGAUCUUUUUGCUGAUUCUCUACUAACCAGAGCCCCUAAAGGUGUACUUUUACAUGGUCCUCCAGGCUGUGGCAAGACCCUCAUUGCCAAAGCCACAGCUCGUGAAGCUGGAACAUUCUUCAUCAACUUGGACGUAUCAAUUUUGACCGAUAAAUGGUACGGGGAGAGUCAAAAGUUAGCAUCUGCUGUCUUUUCCUUAGCUGUAAAAUUACAGCCUUGUAUCAUUUUUAUCGAUGAGAUUGAUUCAUUUUUACGUGCAAGGAAUAGUACGGAUCAUGAGGCUACUGCUAUGAUGAAGGCACAGUUUAUGUCGUUGUGGGAUGGACUGAUUACUGAUCCGAAUUGUACAGUGAUGGUUAUGGGAGCGACUAACAGACCGCAGGACUUGGAUAGGGCUAUUCUUCGCCGUAUGCCAGCUACUUUCCACGUUGCCAUGCCCAACGUAGCCCAAAGAAGACAAAUCCUAAGCCUGAUUCUCGAAAACGAACCAGUAGCCCCAGACGUGGACGUAGAAAGCAUAGCCAUGAGCACCGAAGGUUUCUCAGGUUCGGACUUGAAAGAAUUGUGUCGUAUCGCCGCAGUUUCUCGAUUGAGAGGCUACGUACAGCAAUCGUUAAACAGGAGACUAGGCUCGAACGGGGAAGAUGACAAUUUCCAUGACGCUUUGAGGCCGAUCAUGAUGGACGACCUGAAGUUGUCCUUUGGAAGCAUGCGCGAGAGUAAAAUCCAGUGCGGUUCGCUCACGACUCAGUCGCGAAUAGAGCUAGAUUAGCAGGCGUGGUUUAUAGUAUUGGAGCCGGUUUUCAAUAAUCUCAAAGCUUACAGCAGCAAAUGUUCCGAACUGAGUUCCCUGUUCGAAAAGUGUUCCAAUUACAAAACUUAGAGGACUUCGAGUGAGGGCUGUGAGGUCGCCGAAGUGUCCACGUCCAAAAGGAAAUUCGAAAAAGUUGCGAAAAACUGUUUUUUUUUUCAUUUUCCUUUAAGAUUAAGUAGUUAUAUUUUUAAAAAGUAUUGUUAAAGAGAUGAUCCGAAAUUAUCUUAUGUGGAUUGAUAAAUAAUAUAAGUUUUCGAUAUA